AUGAAUUAUUGUUUUAAGACAACGGACUUAGUAAUCUUCCUUCUAAUUAUUUAACUAACAGGUCAUUUGAUUAUUCAUUGGAAUUAAUAUAACUGUGGUAGAUACGGAAACAUUUAAAUGUGUAUUUGGAUUGUCAUUGUUUUAUUGAGGUAAUUGCUUCAACACGCUUAAUUUUAAAAAUGGGCGUUAUUUAUGACUUUGUUAAUUAGUGGGGAAACUAUUUCAAUGAAUAUAAUAGCAGCAUAAUAGGAUGAAUGUUCCCAAAAGACUACAUUUAUAUUUUAUUGUAUUUUAGGAUAUAUUUUAACUAUUUCUUCAUUAUCAAAAAUGUUUGGCGUUAGUAAGAAAGCUGAAAUAUUGAAAGUAGAUGAUUCGUCAACUCUAUGA